UGUAUGUCCGUUAGUGUUGUUUUGACUGAAACGCUCUGUUGGUUUCAUUAACACCAGCAGCAGGAUGAGUUUGCUCAGUCAGUUGAUGAUGGCGUCUGUGCUGCUCUGGGUGAUCGUCCUCGCUCUCCACGGUUUCCAUCACCAUGCGGCCACUCUGCCGACCUCCACCGUCCAAGUGAGUGUGGGUGAGGAUGCCAUCCUGCAGUGCCCCUUGAUGAACACCUCCAAUGCCUCCACCACCACCACCACCACCACCACCACCACCACAGCUGCCCCGACUGCCCGCUCCACCCUCAGCUGGUACAGGAAGGCAGCAGGACAGGGGCCACAGCUGCUUCUGACCCUCAGGUCCUCUGAUGGCUCUAAUGUGAGGUACGGCGACGGCGUUGGUCCUGAUAAAGUGUCGGCUGCAGCCGACGGCUCACUGCUACUGCGAGGCUCCCAGCAGAGCGACUCAGCGGUUUACUACUGUGGGAUCAGCCAAGGCGACGAGCACAACAAGGAACCAACACCACAGAUCCUCCGGGAGGAAUAAUGCCAGACUCUGGGUCUGCUGCUGGUCUGUUAGUCCACACUGAACUGGUUUCAGUUUAGAGUCUGUUCAGGCUCAUUUAAUUGUAGGUUUAGAUCCACUGAUUUUUAUUUCCAAUUCUAUUUCAGAGUAGGAUAGAAGAGUAACUGUGUAACUGUGACUAUACAAACACCUGUAUAAUAUGACACAGUUCAAUAAAUGUACCUGACGUUUGUUCAUUUAACACAUUUAGUUCAAAGUUUAUUGUGACCUGAGUUGAAUUUAAAUCAUUAAGAUCUACAACUUUCAGCCUUUUCACUGUUAAUUUGUUACUUUAGCAACUUGUUUCUAGCAUUUAUUCACUAAUCUGAGCUAUUUUCAUUCACACAUUUAGGCAUUAUUUUUAGCUGUUCAAGAACUUGUUGUUUUGAUAUCAGCUGUUUAUUCAUUACAACUGAAUAUAUUACUAAAUCCACUAGUUCAAUUAAACUUCUCUUUACACCGCAUGUAGUGUUCAAGUAUUAAAAUGUGUGUAUAUAUUAAAAUCAAGUCUUUUUUGUUGUUGUUUAAGUUAAGCUCCAGUAUAAUCUUUUAAAUUCUUACUGCAAAAGUUGCCCCUUGGGUAAAUGUACCUCUUCAUGGGUGUCACUAAAGAGCUGAACAUUAAUCGCUGUCAAAGACAACUCUCAUACUGUACUUACCUUGUCAGUUCAUGUAGUGGUUUAAUAAAAAUGUACAUUUUUCUACAUUA